AUGCCCUCCGACGUCGCCACGAUGCGCUACAUACUCUUCUGUCUCCUCUCACUCUCCUUCAACAGAAACUUCGCAUUCGUACUUGACAAACAAAACCCGUACUCUCAAUUUCGAAAAUGGAACGCCGGUCUGAACGGCACACUCGAAUUAGAAUUCAAAACUGACCAGCCGAACGGUCUACUUUUGUAUACGGAUGACGGUGGCACGUAUGAUUUUUUUGAAUUGAAGCUUGUUAAUGGAGCGUUGCGGUUAAGGUAUAAUCUGGGUGGUGGUGCCCAGAUUAUCACUGUGGGCAGCAACCUCAAUGAUGGACACUGGCAUAAAGUUCAGGUGGCGCGUCGCGACGAGCACACGUCGUUAACUGUGGAUGGCAUCACGCAAAGUAAGACGUCGCGAGGCAAAGAGUUUGCGUUCGGGAAGUUCAAUUCAAACUCGGAUGUGUUCGUCGGAGGGAUCCCGCCAUCGUACAACUCGAAGCUGACAACACUAGCGUUACCCUCAGUGAUAUUUGAGCCUAAGUUCCGCGGAUCUGUACGGAAUCUUGUGUACUCUGACCUGCCUGGACAGCCACCUCGGAGACAGGAGCUGAGGCAUUCGAGAGACUUGAAGACGCCAAGGAUCAGUAAUGCGAGUGGAGAUGCGUGUGAACGCCGUGAUCCUUGCCAACAUGGCGGCGUGUGCAUCAGUACUGAUGACGGACCGAUCUGCGAGUGCCGGGAUGGAGACUAUGAGGGGGCGUUCUGCGAGCGAGAUAAAGCGCCGUCCGAGGCAACGUUUCGCGGCGCAGAGUUUCUAUCAUACGAUUUGACGCAAACCGGAGGGGAGCCCAUAGUCAGUACACAAGAUGCCAUCUCCUUGUACUUCAAGACGAGGCAGCCUAAUGGACUGCUCUUUUACACUGGUCAUGAGGCUGAUUACCUGAACCUGGCUGUGCGAGAUGGAGGAGUGUCACUUACGAUGGGCCUGGGGAAUGGCAAACAGGAGAUGCACAUUAAACCAGCUAAGACGAGGUUCGAUGACCACCAGUGGCAUAAGCUGACUGUACAUCGGAGGAUACAGGAGAUCACGCCGUUUACGAGUUUCUGCAGGGUAUCAGCAGUAGUAGACGAUGUCUACUCAGAUCACUCCCACGUGGCUGGUUCCUUCACCAUGCUGGCUUCGUCCAGGGCCCACGUUGGAGGGUCUCUCAAUGCCCGUGCUCUCCCUGGAGCGAGGGUGCAUACCAACUUCAUUGGAUGUCUGAAGAAGGUGGAAUUCUCAGCGGACACUCUUCGCCUGAACCUCAUCGACCUGGCGCGCACUGGCAGCAAGCUGAUCACCGUCACUGGCCGCCUAGAGUACGCCUGCACAGCCACAGAUUCUGCUGAUCCUGUUACCUUCACCACUAGAGACGCGCAUUUGAUUUUGCCGAAGUGGGAAGCGGUGAAGACGGGGACGAUAUCUUUCAAGUUUCGUACAAACGAACCAAAUGGACUGGUUCUCUUCAAUAUGGGCGCCAAGCCACCAAGGGCUGAUCUCUUCGCUGUGGAAAUCCUCAACGGUUACAUAUACGUGCAUAUAGACCUUGGUUCUGGUGGAGUGAGGGUCAGGGCAUCCAGGAGAAGAGUUGAUGACUCUCAUUGGCAUGACUUCCUUCUAAGGAGAAGUGGUAGAGAUGGAAGAGUUACUGUGGAUGGGGCUAACGCUGAAUUUAAGACGCCUGGAGAAUCAAACCAAUUAGAAUUGGACGGACCGCUAUUUGUUGGUGGCCUUGGCUCAGAGUACUCGGCAUCAAGAACACCGCCAGCGUUAUGGACAGCAGCCUUGAGGCAAGGGUUCGUGGGCUGCAUCCGAGACCUGGUGCUAAAUGGAAAACCUCAGGAUUUGACUGCAUAUGCCCGACAACAGGAUUCUGCAUCAGUACGGCCAGCAUGUCAUGUUCUGAUGAAACAAUGCGUCAGCUCACCGUGCCAGCAUGGAGCUCCCUGCUCCGAGGGCUGGAACCGACCUCUUUGUGACUGUUCCAUGACUAGCUAUGGAGGACCUACUUGUGGACGGGAAACACCAACAAUCUUCCUGAAUGGCAGCCAGCACCUCACUGCAGCGUUAGGACCUGAACAUAUCACGCAAACUGAGGAACUGUUGCUUCGGUUCCGAACCAACAGAGCUGGACUUCUACUCCGGACGGCUUCUGAACAUUCUGCUGAUAGGAUCGAACUGGCUGUGGCUGCUGGGAGAGUUAGAGCCAGUGUCAGACUCGGGGAUAGGGAAAAGAACCUUCUAGCAGGAACAAACGUAGCAGACGACACUUGGCAUACGGUGAGGUUCUCCCGCCGCGCGUCCAACCUCAAGCUGCAGGUGGACGGGGCGCAGCCCGUGCGCGGUAUGUUAUCUGAGACGAUUUUAGGAAAAGCGUCAACGUUAGAGAUAUCAACAUUACAUUUAGGAGGACUUUUCCACCCUGAAGAAGAAAUUCAGAUGACAUCAACUUUGCCAAACUUUGUUGGCUACCUGCAGAAGUUUGUUUUUAACGGGAUCAGAUACAUUGAUAUGGCGAAAACACUUGGAGUCGGAACUAAUGAAGAGACAAACAAUAUUUAUGAUACAUCGAAUUUAAUUUUUACUGGCAAGUUCGUCAAGCCUGAUUCGCUGAAUGUGUACAAAUCUGUGACAUUUAAAUCUAAACACACGUACGUUGGGUUGCCACUCUUGAAGGCCUAUGCAAAUACUUAUUUGGACUUUUACUUCCGAACUACGGAGAUGGAUGGUUUGCUUUUCUACAAUGGAGGCAAAAAGCAAGAUUUUAUCGCAGUCGAGUUGGUAAACGGCCAUAUACAUUGUGUAUUCAAUUUGGGAGAUGGAGUAGUAACUAUGAAGGACAAGUUGAAGAAUUUCUUGAAUGAUAACCGAUGGCACACGGUGUCAGUACGAAGACCGACACCAAAGAUCCAUACGUUGCAAGUUGAUGACGACUUAGAAAUGCAUACUACAAGUUCAAACUUAAUGCUUGAACUAGACAGCGUGCUAUACGUGGGAGGAGUACCAAAGGAUAUGUAUACAGCUUUGCCAGUGGGAGUGCUAUCCAGACAAGGGUUUGAAGGAUGCAUGUCCAGUCUGGAUCUACCUGGAGAGUCACCGUCGUUGAUGGAGGACGCUGUUGUUCCCAGUUCUUCUUUAGGAUCAGGAUGUGAAGGUCCAACAAAAUGUACUCACAAUGCGUGUGCGAACAAAGGUGUCUGUGUGCAACAAUGGAACACUUACGUUUGCGAUUGUGACUUGACAUCUUUUACUGGACCCACGUGUUAUGAUGAAUCUGUGGCAUACGAAUUCGGUCCAGGCCGAGGGAUCAUCACCUAUACUUUCCCAACUGACUCUGUAGCCGACACGGAGACCGACAAGGUAGCUCUAGGCUUCGUCACCAGCAAGGCUGAUGCUGUACUGCUGAGGAUCGAGUCUUCUAAUACACAGGAUUACAUGCAGAUGGAGAUUAUACGAGGCAAUCUUUUCAUGGUUUACAACGUGGGCGGUGGUGACCAUCCACUGGGUGAUGAGACUGCCAGGGUCGAUGAUGGAGCGUACCACGUGGCUCGGUUCACAAGGAAUGGUAGCCGAGCUUCACUGCAGUUGGAUAACUAUGCUGUUAUUAUAAGACAUCCUCAAGGUGGCCAACAAUCUACAAUCUUCAACGGUAUGUCAACGAUCGCCGUGGGCGGCGGGGCUGGUGGGGCUCGUAGCUUCAGUGGAGUCAUCGCUGGGGCCGUCGUCGAUGGAGUCAGGCUGCUGGACCUGGCGGCGGCAGGGGACCCCGCCGUGUCAGUGCGAGGAGACGCAAGGAGAGCUCAUACACCGCUGGAUAGAGAUAUUAAUCGGAUGCAGCAGACACCACCAUCAGGGUAUGGUGGUCCAGGAGUACUAGACGAGCUAGUAUACUCAGGCGCUGGCUCCGGCUGUAGAGAUGAUGAUGAAGACGCCUGCGUGCUGCCUGACGCAGGGUCUGGAGAUGAUCUCAUCACUCCUGUAUAUGUUCCUUCUACUAGGCGACCACCGUCAAGGCUACAUAAGGGUGAUACAAGUGGGAAGUUGAUGAAACCGUGUGAUGACGAAGAUUGUAUAGAAGGAUCUGGCUCUAGUGUUGAUGAAAUCACUGAACCUGACCAUCCGAUGACUACGUCGGGUGCCAGCAGUACGCACAGCAUGACGUCCCCGACGGCCCCCGUGCUGUCCACGGCCCGCGACGAGAAGCCCCUGGAAGGGUCCACGGCCGGCGACACGCACACCGCCACGAGCAGCCCGCCCGGCCUGCCGCCCACUUUACCAGACCACGACAACAUGCACGCCGGGACACUGGACACUGCCACCCCGCCGGAAAGGAGAACUACACCUACUGACGAACAUUCACACACUCACACUAGUUAUCACUUCACACCCACACUAACAGGUAAACACAUACCAGACGAACCAACCCACACUACAGAAGAAGACACCAACCACAUACCAGAAUAUGAAGACCGGCGCGAGAACGAGAUAGAAGCACGAACACCUACUUAUGAGACUGAGAGUGAGCAGGACAGAAUACCAGGGAGGGUUCACCCUGAAUAUAAUGGGUAUGAUGUGACACCAAAAUGGUAUCACCCGAAAACAACUGACAAUCGGGUUGUACCACCAGAGUCGGAGUUUUUCGCGACUAUUGUCGGUAUUGUGGCGUCGGUGCUGAUAGCAAUAAUAUUGAUAGUGAUCAUAGUGCUCAAGUACAUCGUGUUUAAGUUCGACCCCUCGUACAAGGUGACAGAGGACAAGAACUACCAGCAAGGAGCCAGUGCAGCGCUUUUGGGCAAUCAGGCCCACUCGAGCUACCAGAGCGGAGCGUCGAGCGGUCCGCCGGGCGGCGCGGUCCGCAACCUGCAGCCGCUGCCGCUCAACCGGAACGGCGCGGCGCCCACCGCCCCGCUCGCGCCCAUACCCACGCAGCCCGUCAAACGAGACGGCAUCAAAGAGUGGUACGUGUAA